AUUUCUGCAACUGUCAUCACCUAACUAAACUCAACACUUCUCUGAAUUCCGGUUGACCGGUCACCGGAAAAUGAAUCGGACUCAUAUAAUCCAUACCCGUAUUUAUCGGACUCUCUUGAAACGCAUCCACCACCCUCUCCUUCACCUCCGCCUCCUCUUCUUAUUCGUCCCAACCUAAACUCAAUCAGACGGCAACCUUACUUAACAAAACGACAGAUAAUGUCGAGUCGAUCUGUAAUCUCGGUGCUAACAGAAGAUUUACUCAUCCGAGUCCAUGAAAAACUCGCUCACAACUCGGAUCGUAAACGAUUCCGACUCGUUUCCAAAGAAUUCAAUAAAAUCGACUCAGUAACUCGCAAAACGCUGCGUAUCCUCCGCGUCGAGUUUCUAAUCUCUCUCCUGACAAAAUUCGGCAACAUUGACAGCUUAGACCUUUCUGUUUGUCCACGCAUUGACGACGGAAUGGUGUCGUCGCUAUUAACUCGUGACUCAGUUGGACUAAUGAAGAACUUGAAGUCCUUAAACUUGAGCCGGGCUACCGGGUUGAGAUCCACGGGUCUGGAGAUGAUAAUGCGGGCGUGCCCGUUUCUUGAAACGGUUGACGUGUCGUAUUGUCGUGGAUUUGGUGAUAGAGAAGCGGCGGCUAUAUCUUGCGGCGGUGGGUUAAAGGAGCUGAGUUUGGAUAAGUGUUUGGGGAUUAGUGAUGUUGGAUUGGCUAAGAUUGCUGUUGGGUGUUCGAGAUUGGAGAAGAUUAGCUUGAAAUGGUGCAUGGAGAUUACUGAUUUGGGUGUUGAUCUUUUGUGUAAGAAGUGUGUUGAUUUGAAGUUUGCUGAUGUUUCUUACCUUAAGGUGACAAAUGAAACACUCCGUUCAAUUGCUUCUUUGAGGAAGCUGGAAGUUUUGGCUAUGGUGGGGUGUGCUUUAGUGGAUGAUGUUGGGUGUCAGUUUCUUGAAAAUGGAUGUCCUUUACUAGAGGAAAUUGAUGUAUCAAGGUGUGAUUCUUUGAGUUCCUCUGGCUUGACUUCUAUAAUUAGCGGGCAUAGCGGACUUAGACGGCUCAAUGCUGCUUACUGCAUUUCGGAAUUUCCACCUGCACUACUCCACUACAUGAAGGAUUUGAAGAACCUGACCGCUAUUGUUAUUAACGGAACUCGAGUUUCAGAUUCUAUUUUCCAGAUAUUAAGUAGCUAUUGCAGUUCUUUGUCAGAAAUUGGGCUGAGCAAAUGCACAGGGGUGACAAAUAUGGGCAUUGCACAACUAGUCUCUGGUUGUGUCAAUUUGAAGAUCUUAAGUUUAACAUGUUGCCAUUCUGUAACUGAUGCUGCAAUAUCUGUUAUAGCAGACUCUUGUGAGAAACUUGUGUGCCUGAGACUAGAGUCUUGCAAUAUGAUCACCGAAAAGGGUCUUGAACAGCUUGGAUCACGCUGCGUGCUGCUCGAGGAGCUCGAUCUCACCGACUGCUAUGGAAUUAAUGACAAAGGGCUUGAAUGUCUUUCUAGAUGUUCGGAACUUCUAAGCUUAAAAUUAGGAUUUUGCGCAAACAUAUCAGACAUAGGACUGUGUUAUAUUGCGUCUAAUUGUUCAAAGCUUCAAGAACUGGACCUAUAUCGCUGUACCGGUAUUGGAGAUGAUGGUGUAGCUGCUUUAUCAAGUGGUUGCAAGAAGUUGAAAAAUCUGAAUUUGUCUUACUGCAAUCAAAUUACUGAUAUAGGAUUGAAUUAUCUUGGCUGUCUGGAGGAGCUCUCCGACCUGGAAAUGCGACAGCUCGACAAAAUCACAAGUGUAGGUUUAACAGCAUUGGCAGCCAAAUGCAGGUCACUUGCAGAUUUGGACUUGAAACAUUGUGAGAAAAUUGAUGAUCCGGGAUUCUGUGCUCUUGCCUAUUACUCGCGAAAUUUGCGUCAGAUAAAUUUGAGUCACUGCACCAUAUCGGACAUGGCAUUAUGCAUGUUGAUGGGAAAUCUGACACGGCUGCAAGAUGCCAAAUUGGUGCACCUAAAAAAUGUCACUGUGGAAGGAUAUGAGCUUGCACUUAGGGCAUGCUGUGUCCGGAUCAAGAAGGUCAAAUUGGUUGCUUCUCUCAGGUUCUUGCUAUCCUUAGAAAUACUUGAGAUUUUAGAUGCCAGGGGCUGCGUAAUUAGGUGGGAUUAAAACAUAUUUGUCGACACAUGUCAUAACAUAACAGAAUAAGAUCGGCUUAGAAUUGGCUAUGUCGAGUUAAAUUCUCAUUUUGUGGGAUGCUAGAAUCUAGGAUAUGUUAAGAUGAUCGAGUCGUUUUAACCGGGCCUAUACGGAGGAAUUUAAAAACAGAAGAUGUUUUCUUUCUGUUCUUUUCUUGGCUCAUGAUGUGAUGCUUAUGUAAUUUAUGUAAAUAUAUUCUAAGGUCAGAGUCGUUUUUGGAUACGGAACGAAAUGUAAGACUUGUCGAGUUUUUGUGCAA